AUGAAAUUGUAUGCCGCAGUGUUGUUCACUCUAGCAUUCUUGCUAGGAUCGGCAAUUGCUCAAGAUGUUACUGAAAUAAUCAGUCGAGAUCUUUACGAAACCAUGCUUAAACAUCGCAACCGAUUCUAUUCUUACGAUGCUUUCGUUGCGGCCGCUCGAUCUUUUGAUGGUUUCGGCACAACUGGUGAUCUUAUUACCCGAAAGAGGGAACUCGCGGCUUUCUUUGGCCAAACCUCUCAUGAAACAACUGGAGGAUGGGAUAAUGCACCUGACGGUCGUUAUGCAUGGGGAUAUUACUUCAUUGAGGAGCAAGACAACCCGCCAGCAUAUUGUGACCCCGGCUGGCCGUGCGCUUCUGGUAAAAAAUACUAUGGCCGAGGACCCAUCCAGCUUUCUCACAACUACAAUUAUAAGCAAGCAGGUGAUAAUGGCGCCAUUAGAAGAGAUCUCAUUAACAAUCCCGAGCUUGUAGCUACUGAUGCAACCAUAUCUUUCAAGACAGCCAUUUGGUUUUGGAUGACUCCACAAGGAAACAAGCCGUCGAGCCAUAAUGUCAUCCUCGGACGCUGGACACCAUCAGCUGCCGACCGGGCAGCCGGUCGCGUCCCAGGCUACGGUGCCAUCACGAAUAUAAUCAAUGGUGGGAUCGCGUGCGGCCGGGGUCCUCAUCCCAGCUCUGGUGACAGAAUUGGUUUCUAUAAAAGAUACUGUGACUUACUCGGUAUCAACUAUGGGGGCAACUUGAAUUGUCGUGACCAAAAACCCUUUUAGUAGUUAAAACCCAGGUUACUCCAGCACCAAUACAGGCAUCCUGCCGCAUGCAAUGAAAAAAAAUAAACUAUCUUUCUGUAAUAAGCAAAGAAUAAAAUAUCAGAUGGAUAGAUCUUUAGAAGAAAUUUUGAGGGUGCUCAUUGGUUUGUCUUAUGUGUCUUCUGCGUUUGUUUUAUCUUCAAGCAGUUCACUUUCAGUCUAUUGUUAUAUGGUUUCUUAAUACUAGCUAGUUGUGUCA